UUUUGUAGAAAAACACUCUAAACCAAACGGGCCCUAGGGUUUAAGGUAUUAUUUGUUGGUAGAAGAAGGAAGAAAAUCGGAGAGAGCAGCCACCGUCACCAGAAUGUCGAAGAAAAACGAUUUGGGUCGCCGGAAAAAACAGCACGAGUUCAAUCUUCGGAGGGAAAAAGAAGAGAAAGAAAAACUAGCGAAGAAGCUACAAGCAAAAAAGAACAAGAUGAAGGUGGAUGGUAAGGACAAGAAGAAGAAAGGUGGUAAUGGAUUUCAAGUUGGGAAGAAAAAAUUGAAGACAAGGAUGACUCCAUUAGCCAAAGCUAAAGCUGCACAAGCAAUGGAGAUUGAAAAAUAAGAUUUUUGCUGUAAUGUAUUCAGGUGUAUUUGGUAACUGAAAUUAAAACUGUUUACAUCUUUCUUCUGCAAUUUGCGAAAAAAAGACUUACUAUUUCUAUAUAUAUUCUUUGUUGUGUUCUUAUGCUUUUAA